CGAUAUAGCAAACCGAGAAGUUACUAGAGCUACCCGGCAAGUUCCACAUACCUCCCCCUCUAAUAAACCCCCUACGCAGGCAGAGCGUGGGUCUGAGACACCGGACAACAUCCAUGCACAGAGUAAUGCGAUUAUUAGCAGUGUUCACAAGAGUUACGGAUAGUUUGUGAGGAGGGGAACUUCCUUGUUGUGAUCUCUCAGACUGAGCAGCCGGUAAAAGUUAACAAGAAGACAUGCCUCCAAAACAGAAGUCCAAGUCCUGGUCGGAGCUGAAACAAGCCGGCAAUGAAUGUUUCAAGGCAGGCCAGUAUGGAGACGCCACCAAUCUCUACAGCCAGGCAAUCAAAGAGCUGGAGAAGUCCAGUAAAAAGAAUCCAGAGGAUUUGGCCAUUUUGUAUUCAAACCGUGCAGCCAGCUACCUGAAGGAUGGCAACUGUGGGGAAUGUGUGAAAGACUGCAAUAUGUCUCUGGAGUUGUCCGCUUUCAAUGUGAAGUCUCUGCUUCGUCGCGCUGCUGCCUACGAAGCUCUGGAGCGUUACAGGCAGGCUUACGUAGACUACAAAACUGCUCUUCAGAUCGACUGCAACAUAGCAGCUGCUCACGAUGGCACCAACAGGAUGACAAAGGCGCUCACAGAGACAGACGGUCCAUCGUGGAGAGAAAAGCUUCCUCCCAUUCCCACAGUUCCCCUCUCUGUGAAGGAGAAACUUGCCCAACAGUCUGCAGCCAACGCCAGCCAACCAAAGCCAACACCGCAGCAGAAUGGCACCAGGCAAACAAACAAACGCGCUCCCAGUGAUAAGGAAAUCAAGAAAGCUCAGGCGCUGAAAGACGAAGGCAACAACCUGGUGAAGAAAGGAGAGCACAAGAAGGCCAUAGAGAAGUACAGCCAGAGCCUCAAACACAACCCCACAGAAGUCACCACCUAUACAAACCGGGCGCUGUGCUACCUGUCGGUGAAGCAGUACAGAGACGCCGUCAGAGACUGUGACGAGGCGCUGAUGAUUGACAGCAGCAAUGUCAAGGCUCUCUAUAGGAGGGCUCAGGCUCACAAGGAACUCAAGGACGUCAAAGCCUGCGUGGACGACCUGAACAGUCUGCUGAAAGUGGAACCAAAGAACACGGCCGCCCUGAAGCUGCUGCAGGAGGUGCAGAAGAAGAAAUGAGGACAAGUCAGGGACUGGAGGCAGUGGUAAGGAUCUGUCACUGCUCUGACAGCAAAGAGCCAAACAAAAUCCUUUUUACUUUUGUUUGUUUGUGUUUGUUUAAAAAAUAAAUAAGAAGAAUCAGUGGAGCAGAGCAGUGAUGUGAUUCUACCCUCUUUGAGUCCGAGACCAGGCCGGUGUUUCCCAAAAGUCCCUUCACACUCAAUUCCUGUUUGAGCCGUUUACUCUCACUUGAACAGACAUGAAGUUGGUGUCAGGAUGCUUCUGGAAAACGAAACUCCGGUUAAUCAGAACUGAUGUUGGAAUAGAAAUCAAGCAGCCUUCGAAAUAUUUGUCUUUUACCAGUUUUAGCUUGUCAGCUUCCAAUAAUCCAGCAUGUAUGGUUAUUUAUUUUACUGACACACAUCAUCCAGGUUCUGAGAAUAAACCUUUACUUUCACAUUUGUAAAACGUCAUCAGGCAGUCGGCUGACGCGUGGAGCUCCUGCUGGGUGCCAGAACUUACGUUUGAACUUAUUGUAGAUUUCGACAAAUAAAUUCAGCUCACAGGACAAUCACAAGGAAAAGCAAAGACCAUCCCUGGACUGUGGCUCAUAUCCAACCCCUGUGAAACACUUGGACCACAUAACAGGUCUGUCAAGUCUGUUUACAGCUGAAUGCUCCAAAACGUAAGCAAAAUGUAAUCAGACAUGACACAGAAAUCUGAGAAAUGCUGUUCUGCGCUGAAAUAGUUUUUCUAAGAAAUCGGUUCCUGCUGGGAAGCCCGCUUUAGAGUUAAAUCACCAAGCCUGUGGAAACACUGGUGAUCAUAGAGGUUUGUUCUGUGUUUGAUUUCCUAGUUAACAUCAUUUCACAUGUUUUACUCUCAGGUAGUGUACUUAUUUAUCCCAUGUUUGUUAUGUUUCUGUUUCUUGGUGCUUUGAUAUUUAUAAUGUCCAUGCCAUAUAGGAUAGUUUACAGAGACUUCCUCAGAAGAAUCAGAUGGUUGUUUGACUGCAGCCUUUGCAGCUUAGCGCUACAUCGUGUAUGCAUUAGGUUUAAUUACCUGGAAUACGGGGCUCUGCGUUUCUUUGCCAGUUCUUGCGCCUUUUAAUUAUUCUGUUGUUGGAAGGUGGAGCGAUGCAGCAGAUCUCGACGUGUUGAAGGAAUGACCUUUUGGUUUGGUAGGUCAACCCGGAAAUUUGCAUUGCCGUGGUUUCCACAACAAAAAGCGAAUGGGAUUCGGAUUAUCACGGGAAGGAAGCUCAGCGGGGAAUAACGUUUUGUAAUGCUUGCAUGUUUUGUUCAGCAUGAUAAUCAUUAAAAAUUGAUGCAUUUAGGAUUUAGUUUUUAGAAAAUGCAGUUGUAAGAAGUAACGUGCUAAUGUUAGGAUAUAAACCAGGAGUGUUAAAGUUCGAGGUCCACGUGUGGCCCAGUUUGAUCUCAGGUGGGCCGAGCUGCUCACAGAUUGUAUGUUGAAUGAAAAGUUGUGCAGUCUGAAAAUAGUCACGUCUUUUGUGUCCAUGUGUGCAGAUGACAGUGAACCUAGUAAAUCACAUGUUGUGAUUAAACUGUAACAGUUUAUUGCACAGCGUUGUUACAGUGUAGCUUAUUGACUGGGCUCUCACUCAACAGUGAGCCAGUUCUGGGCCCAUCUUUGACUCGCCUGCUAGAAACAGACUACAUCAAGGUUGCUGAGAACGUUACCAUCACAGCACUAAGCUGUUGUGUGUUUGGGGUGAUGUCGUCCCCGAUAAUUUCUGUAGUCACUUGUUAGGAAGACCAGGUGAACAGGCGACUCAGUGUGAAAACGUGUAACCACAGACCUCCUUUCUGCAUCUAUAAGUAAAUUAAAAAAAAAGCCCACACCUACGUAAAGACGAGCGAACCAGAAGUGAAACCUGCAGUGCUCUACGCUUCAAAUUACAACAAAGCAGAAUCCUCCUCUGGUCUUUUUACCGCCAUUAUCGUGAAACCGGCUCAUAUCGUAUCGAUCAGACGACACAGGAAACAUUCUUACCUCCUCGUUUCGGCAAACCGACGCCCCCUAGUGCACGCCGAGAGGCUGGUUUGUAAGUGAGGGUCAGCAUCAGCUCCCCUUCUGCCUGACAUGCAGCAUGUAAACCAAGUAGUACUGGCCUCACACAGGUCCUUAAAUACAAAGUACUGUCUCAUUCUGUGAUCCUUAUACUUCAUUGUAUUGUGGAACAAGUGAAAUUUCUAAUGAAUCUGCUGUAGCUCUGCAUCUCCAUCCUGCCUAAAGUGCCUGUCUCCAUCCAUCAUCUGCUGAAACUACAAUCAUGUUUGUAAUGAGCUCCUCCACACGUAUGUCAAGUUAUUCAUUCAGGGAAACUUUGUGAAGCACGUCUACGCCUGAUCCUGUUAUUCUGCUCUCUGCUCUUUUUGCAGCUUAUGUUGGUUUUGUCACCUGUUUCUGUUUUAACUGAAAAUAAAAAUUG